AUGACAAUCACUGGCUGGCAAAAGCCUGCAGUUUUCAACGCCGUAUCAUCGGCGGUUUUCUAUCAGCAGCAGAGAGGGAAUUUCUCAUCAAGGACCGGCUUCUAUUGCCGGUCUCCAGAAUUUCCAGAUCCUCUUGGAAGGGUUCUUAGUUUUUUCUCGAUUCUCUACCGGCACCCCGUUUCCUCCGGCCCUAGUCGUAGCGCCGACUAG